GUGUGUAACUGUGUCUUUAUUGCCCUGGUGUGAGUGUGUACAUUUGUUUCUUUGUUGUGCCCCGUGAGUGUGUAAAUAUGUUUAUUUGAUGUGCCCCGUGAGUGUGUAAAUGUGUGUUUUUGGUUUAGUGGCUAGAAACUGGUUAGAAAAGGGUCAAAGUUAGAAGUUCUGAGGGAGGGUGACUUGACCGGAACCAUUAACUCUGCUUUCUCUCCACAGGUGCUGCCAGACCUGCUGAGGUUUUCCAGCAAUUUCUGUUUUUGCUUUUGUAAAGGUUAGACUUUGGUGUGAGUGGGGAUUUGAUGCAGAUUGGGGGAGAGCUGUUGCAUCUGUCUCUGAUACUUGUCACUUGAAUCAGCUUCAGACAGUAAGUAUUCAACACAUUUGUCCAGGGUUUUUGUGAUUACUGCAUGUGAGUAUGUAGAAAAAGAAGUAAACGUUUUGAAACAAACCAAAAUAUGGAUCAAAAUAGACAAGGCGUGGCAGUGCAUUGUGAGUCUAGACUGCAGCUUGUGGGCUGUGGACACAUCAACAGAAAUAUGAAGCUGUAGAGUGAAUUGGAGACACUACAGCACAUGAAGGAGGAAAAGGAGAAACUGGGCUCUUUGCUGAGGAUCUUCAUCUCACUUUAUGGUCAUUGACAAAUCCUGAAUGGCCUAGUGUUUAGAGUAAGAGGUAUCCAGGUAUGAUUGAUAGUGAGGACUUGUGGAAACUGACUGCACAACCUUCUUAGAAUGUGUAUGUUCUGGUGAAAAACUGUUGAGGUUGUGUAAAGGCCAGGGAGGGUGGGUAAGUGGGAUGCUGUAGUUGUAGGGUAUUCAACAUCUUAAGGAAGAAGGCAGGUGGCAUUGAUUCUAAGCAGCAGUGAGAGUCCCACAGCAUUGGUCAGGGACAGGUGGAACUAAUUUUAAAGGAUACUAGAGGGGAAAGGGUUGGGAAUAGUACAGGAAGACAAGCUUGGAGAGUUCCAGAGACUAGGAGCAGGGUUAAAGAAAAGGAAAACAAGGAUUGAAAUAACUGGAUUAUUACUGAGUCUGAUACGAUCAGGCAAGCAGAUUAGGGAGGAAUGGCCUGGCAGAAAGGGAUUCCAUUUCAUGGGACUCUGGAAGCAAUAGAAAAAGAAAGAAUUGUGCCAUUGGGAUGAGCUCCACCUGGACCGAGCUGAGGCGAGGGUCUGAGUGAAAAGGAUAAACAACAUGGUCACAAACUUUAACGUAAUAGAAAACAUAAAAAAAACAAAGCAGACAUAGCCCAUUCAGCCCCUCAAGCCUGGUGCUGCCAUGGAAAACGCACAGAUUACUGAUGGUUGACAGUUAACUGCCAGUGUGGUAGUUAAUCACACACUGAGAUUAUCCAUGAAAUGUUGUCCAGUUGGAGAAACAUAUCUCAUGUUGGAUACUUUAUUGUGCGUUUUGCACGGACGGCUUGGUUGGGUAAAAUGGGUGUGGAGUGUACUGUAACAUGUCUUUGCUUCUAUUUAUGUUGGGAACUCAACAAUUUACCAUGUUAUUAAAUGACUUGGAUGAUAUGAUAUAGAGUGACAAUUUGCUGAUGGUAGCAGGUUCAGUGACAUUCCAAGAAGUGUAAAUGGAAGCACGUGUUAUAGAAUUACAGGGAGGUAUUGAAACAAGUGGCAAAACAGUUGCAAAUGGAUUUAAAUGCAGGAAAAUGUCAAUGCAGGUUAUCCAGUUUAGACAUAAAAAUGAUAAAACAGAGUACUUUGCAAAUGGUGGCUACAGUAAAAGAUCCAAAGAGAAAUGACAAAUCAUUUUUCUUAUUAGUUUAUGAGAUGAGGGGAUCUCUGGCCCUUUACUGCCCAUCCCUGAGUUCAUCACAGUCACCGUCUGCUCAAACUCUGAGUAGGUGUUUGUGUGUAAGUGUAUGUGUGUGAAUGUGUAUGAGUGUGCGUAUAUAAGUAUGUGUGAGUGUGUGUGGUUUUGUCUGGAUUUUUAUUCAUUUAUGACAUAUGGGCAUCAUUGGCUGGAUCAGUAUUCCUUGCUCAGCCCUAAUUUCCCUGGAGAGGAUAACGGUGAGCUUUCCUCUGGAACCACUGAAUUAUAAAAAUGCCAUGGACAGAUACAGAAGAAAUGAGACAGGUCAAUACAUUGGUGUUUUUUGUAUUUAAAAGACUAGGAUGUAAGAAGGUUGAAAUUAUCUUAUCCAAGCUUUACUUAUACCACACUUGGAAUUACCCUGUGUAGUUCUGAACACCAUGUCUUAGGACAGAUAGACUGUUUUUUGGAUGGAGUUCAGUGUAGAUUUACCAGAAUGAUUCAUUGAGGGGUUAAAUUACAAAGAGAGAUUGAGAGGUGAUUUAAUUAAAUAUUUGAAGAUGUUAAGGUCAAUAGAGAGAAGUCAUUCUGGCAUUUGCAAAGGCUAAGAUUAGGGGGCAUACUUUAAAAACAAGGUCCAAACCUUUUCAGAUGUGAAGUUGUGCUAGAAGUUCAGAAUUUGCUUCUUCAAUUCAUGCUGGAUCAAAUGUUUAUUAAAGUGAAUGGUGGGAUUGAUGGAUUUUUGUUAAUAACUAUAUUACAGGAAUUGAGGUAAAGGCAAGUAUAAUUUCAUUUCUGUAUUUGAUGGACUGAAUGACCUCUUCCUCUCCCUGUUUCUCUGUCACAUUGUUCCAUCUGGUGAAGAAAUUUGUUACAAUAUGAUUCUUUCUUUUGCAGCUUUUCAUGCGACACCAAAUAUGUACAAAAGGAAAAAUAAGGAGAUAAUGGUGGAAACAACACCUUGUGGGAAGGACUGCUUCAUGUUUCUGGAUGGAGCCAAGGAGUUUUCUGCCUCUCUCUCCACUAUUCAAAACAAAACACGAUCAAAACGGAGCACAGGGCGGCGCAGAAAGCAUCACCAUAGUAACCAGAACCAGCCCAGUGUGCCACCCAUCACAGUCAGUGAGAUGAAAGAUGGCGACAGCGACCGGGAAUGCAGUGGUGAAAACUCCCAGAGCUUCUCAGAUUUGUCGGAGGGAAGUUCCCGGAGUCAAACACCAGUCAAACUGAAGCCAAUGUCUGGACCAGAUGAUGUCUGUGAGACCCCCAGUCCGAGCAAGACCCCCAGGAUAACUGAGACUCCUGGACCAACUGAGACCCUCAGAAUGAGCGAGAGCCCUGGGAUGAGUGAGAACUCUGGGAUGAGCGAGAUUCCUGGGAUGAGCGAGAUUCCUGGGAUGAGCGAGAUUCCUGGGAUGAACGAGAUUCCUGGGUUGAGCGAGACCCCUGGGAUGAGCGAGAUUCCUGGGAUGAGCGAGACCCCUGAAAUGAGCGAGACUCCCAGGAUGAGUGAGAGUUCUGGCUUGAGCGACAGCCCCAGGAUGGGUGAGAUUCCUGGAAUAAGCGAGACUCCCAGGAUGAGAGAGACCCCCGAACUGGAUGUGUACAGUGCAAUACCACAGGCUGUAGCUUGGGACAGUGCUGAGGAAUCGCUGUUCCGUGUGUUACAUGGAACCUAUUUCAACAAUUUCUGUGCAAUUGCCAGAUUGAUAAAAACCAAGACCUGCAGGCAGGUGUAUGAGUUUGCAGUGAAGGAAUCUUCUAUCAUUCACAAGGUGCCCACGGACCAACAUGUUCUGUCCCCACCAAAGAAAAAGAGAAAGCACAGAUUGUGGGCAGCACAUUGCAGGAGGAUGCAGCUGAAGAAAGACAAUUCAUCCAAUCAGGUUUACAAUUACCAGCCAUGUGACCACCCCGAGCGGCCCUGUGAUGUCACAUGUCCCUGUGUCACGGCCCAGAACUUCUGUGAGAAAUUCUGCCAGUGCAGCCCUGAGUGUAAGGCACAGCAAGACUCCACACAGUUUCUCUUUCUCUCUCAGCACCUGCUGAUUGCUCCCUCAGACGUUGCAGGAUGGGGAACCUUCAUUAAGGAGUCUGUCCAAAAAAAUGAGUUCAUCUCUGAAUAUUGUGGAGAGAUAAUUUCUCAGGAUGAAGCAGAUCGUCGUGGGAAAGUCUAUGAUAAAUACAUGUCCAGUUUCCUCUUCAAUCUAAACAAUGAUUUUGUUGUUGAUGCAACUCGCAAAGGAAACAAAAUCCGUUUUGCAAAUCACUCUGUCAAUCCUAACUGCUACGCGAAAGUUGUCAUGGUGAAUGGUGAUCACCGAAUUGGGAUAUUUGCAAAAAGAAUGAUCCACACCGGCGAGGAAUUAUUCUUCGAUUACAGGUAUAGUCAGGCUGAUGCACUGAAGUACGUGGGAAUUGAACGGAAGAUGGAAAUGCUGUGAUCCCAUUGUUACUUUCAUGUUAAGUUUUGUUUGAUUGUGAGUUAGACUGUGCAGCAACUCCACAACCACCUUUCCUGAACACCUGGUGUGAUUUUGACCAACAUGAUUAUGUCAGACACAGGAAAAAGCAUAUUUCACAUUGCUCUGUGUUAUCAGUGCACUUUGACCUGCUUUUGCUGCAGAUAACCACACUUACCCUUCCCCUGGCUUCCCCUGCAGGACCCCUCCCUGUUACUGGGAGUUUACUCCCCGAUCAAGCUGAACCGGGGACCAGAGCUUAAUAUCUGUGAAAAGCAACUCCAUUGAACAUUCAGAAUCUGAUCUUGUGGGAGAAACACCUCCCUCCCCAGGAACACAGUCCAGAGUUGACAGACAACUGAGAAAUCAGGCAUCUGUCACAACUUCUUACUCUGGACACAUUGAGUUGGGUUCCUAAUGUCAGGCUAUAUCUAGAAAUUAGUUGGAACAGUGAGCAGUAUAGUCAGCUCAGAGUGUGGAAGCCCUGUUCGUUGUGUUUAAUGUUUCUGCCACAGAAACCAACAGCCAAAUAAUGUUGGGACAGAGAGAGAGAGAAAGUUAAGUUUAGAAAGGCGAAGGAUGGUUCUAUUACACUGAACUAACUUGCUGCAGCAGAAGCCACAUUAUAAGCUUAGCUUGUGAAAGAUCCCACUGCCUAGGAUUUGCAAACCCUACUUAGUUCUCAUCUAUGAUGUCUGCAUCUACUGUUACCAAGUGACACUCUUAGAUCAGCAGUUAGUUAGUUGUCCUAAUGUAACUGAGCUUGUGUGAAGCAGUCCGUUCUCUGCUGGAGCGAUGGUUUUGACUGAGAUGAAAGAUUGAUUCGAUUUCAGGGAACUGACUUUGCAGUUUCUGAUUUUUUUUGGCAACAGUUGGGUUCUUGAAGUGAAGCUUGAAGCAGAAUCCUUUAAAUUACACUUGAAAUAAAAAUGAUAAAAUUAUUCUCUUGCUUGUGUGUCUAACUCUCACCACUGUUUAGUACAAGCCACAUAUAUUCAAAAUCACUUCAGCAUUUUGGGCUUGUGCUACAACAAAUUUUGUUUUAACUGGCGCCUUAUGAAUCAGCACUCUUGAUAAGCUGGCAGAAAUUAUAUAUCUGAAAUACCAAAUGUUUACUGUAUUAUCAUGAUCUCUAUAAUGUCCGAGUAGUCAGUUGAGAGUGUGAGUGAGAAGGCUUUCUGCCAGUAAGUUAUAUUUAAGACAAAAUCGCAUUAUUAUUUAAAUGAUUUAUGCUGUAAAUAACAAUAACAGUGACAUGUAUACCCCUUGAAUUAGGUUUCUGUUACUUAGUGUCUUUUUACACUGAUUAUGUGGACCUCUUCAUCGACUGGAAUAUCUGAUCAACCAGCAUGCUCCUGGUCCCAUAGGGGUGAAUAAUAAAACAUUUGCUGUACUAAUCAAA